AUGGCUGCUCAAAACAACACUGAUGCGUUUAAGGGAGCAUGGGACUUUGUUGAUGGUGAUGACAGCGACGAAUACUUGAAAGAAUUGGGUGUUGGUAAGAUGGGACGAAUGAUGGCUAAAACAGUCAAACCGAGACUGGUGAUUAGUGAAAGCGAUGGUAAAUGGUCACUUCGAACAGAAACGACUCUCAAAACAAUGACGAUCGAAUUUACACCUAAUGUCGAAUACGAAGAAGUUACAGGAGAUGGUCGUCACCUCACAGGGACUAUUCGAUUUGAAAAUGGUAAAUGGAUUCAAAACAUGGUCGAUAAAAAUGGAAAGCCAUCUUCGACAACACGAUGGGUAGAUGAUAAAGACCAAUUACAAACAAUCGCCGAAUGUGGACACGCUAAAGUUCAUAAAUAUUACAAGCGAGUGAAAUAG